AUGUCAUUCCUGCACAUGUGCUGCAAACUGAUUAUUCUUGCCCUCCUCUUCGUCAGCGUCGCCAUUGCGUGUGUGUCCAGAGAGGAAGAUGUUGGCAUUGAGCUGUCUCCAGACAGUGGCCUAAUAGACAAUUGCCCUGAAGUGGUCGAUGUGGACAAAGAAAUGCCGCGAAUCGUGAGCCAUCUGGUGAGAAAGGCGCUCACAAGCGUCGUCUUCACUCUCAAUCGCAUGGGACGGAAGGCACGAGGAGAUUGUAGCAAGGCAUCCUUUCAAUCUCUGUGCAGAGCCUCAAAGACCUUCCCCAACAAAUAUGAGUGUACUGUCGUGGUGCGUCAUUUGAAAUUCGACUGUGCCAGUCACACAGGCCCUCUGUCCGCAGUGGAGGCAAAGCUGGUGAACGACCACUUCAUAAAUCAAGUGGUCAUGAACAUUGUGGUGGCGGAGGAAGAGGAGAUAAUUCGUGUCACUGACGUAAUGUCGUUUGAGGCGGAUGUGAGCGGAAUGAGGGGCAUUCCCGGACUCCGUGAGAGCGCUCUUCAAAGAGCAAUGCUUGCUGGCCUCAAAGUGGCCACUGGAAGCGUGUCGUGCAGGUUAUCGUGA